CCACACCGGUUUCGGGGCAGAACCAUACUGCAAUUUCGACUUUCAGAGGAGUGUUCGGCCAUCGGAAAACAGUUAUAGUGUACAUGCAUGUGUUAAUAAGGUUCAGGAACGUUGACGAUUAGAAUUGGGGUCAGAUUUACAGUUCUCGCGUCGCCCAGAGGUUCGGUGUGUCGUUUGGGAUAACAUCGCCGAGAUUUCUUUCCCUGUUCCACUUUCAGCGGUGGAGGCCCGUUGAAUAAUAAAACCCUUUGCCUCGGUUAUAGAGGGCAUGAGGUUGACCGUCGGGAACGGCGAGCGACUAUUCAUUCAUAUAUAAACACUCCUUCUUCGGGAAUUCGGAUAUUAUUUGGGUACCCACUACUCUGGCUAACGCGAUAUACGGUUGUGGGGGAUGGUACGGGUUACGGUUUUCAUUCUGCGGUUUUACGCCACUGCCACAGGCAUCCCGCAAGCGGUAAAUGUUCUAUUUCCACCAAGACCGAGGGCCCGGUGGAGCAAAUGGCCGUAUACAACCAAUUUAGGAGAGGGAAGACCUUAUCCCGGCCUUGCAUUGGUAGUGCGGAACUUAUCUUUCUUUCUGAUUUAGGGAAGAGGGAGGGUUAGGUUAUGAUAGAGGGGUAUUUGGCGGCGACAGGGGGUUUCUCGGGUCUAUUUUUCCGCUCCAGUACCAGCAUAUUGGUGUCUCAGAUCCGUGUGUGGGGUGGACAAAGUAUCGGUAUAUCAAGUUACUUGUACCGCUUCUCACUCUAGUACUCCCGGCAAGGAUUGAGUGUGGGUGCUGGUGGCUUGAUGCUGCGGUGGAGUGCGGCAGAUGGAAGAUCCUCAUCGGAUCGGGAUUGUUCGAAGAGGUUGAAUCAAGCUCUGGUGGGUAAAGGAGGGGAGGGGGGGGGUGGGUCCACACGGGGGAUCCAAUGGAAUAAGGCGGCUAGGGUUAGGAUGCCAACCAUGCAUUACCCAGUCGACACUAGGGUGAUCAUUUGCCCAGCCUUGGCAGAAUCCGGUGGAAUGGGGUGUGUUAUGCUUUGGGCUGUCGUCGUUGGUGGGCGGGGGUCGGAUUUGGGGUGGAAAUCGGGAAAGCGAGGAUCGGUGGUGGCACAUUCAGGUUCAACGGGCUGUUCGGGUGGUACAGGUGCUUAUUGUUAUCAGUGGAUUGCAGUCCUACCAUAGCACGUUAGGACUGCGCGCGCGGGGGGUUCUCGAAGAGAAAUUUUGGCCAAGACAGACUGGUUGGGCCUUGGAGCAACAUUCCCAAGUCAGCAGUU